CUCAAAUCCUUUGUUUACUUUAGCUUCUCUGCCAUGAUGAAAAUUGAAUUUGUGCCUUAUUUUUUGUGCCAAUUGUUUGCAUAUGUAUCGUGUGCAGAAUUUUCGUGUCCUACAAUUAGCGAAGGUUAUCCACCGUUUUGCAUUUGUAGGUAUGGACCAGCAUACGAUAACACAACAAAUACAUGCCCCAGUCCAGAAUGUCCAACGGCUAGCAUUGCCCAGCCAUCUUAUCCCAACUGCACCUGCACCGAAAAGAAUUCCGGAUACAGUGCUUAUAUAAACGACUGCUUCCAAGCUUGUCCUGAAAACAGCAUGGGCUACUGGCCUACGUGUGAUUGUGAUGAUAAGUCGGCAACCUUCGAUAAAACCUCAUUCAAAUGUCUCAGAUGUCCGGAAGAUAGUGACCAUGGAAUUUAUCCAGAUUGUAGCUGUGCUAAAGUUGGUGUAUACAAUCGAUAUCAGAAUGUAUGCACUAAAUGUCAAGGCAAUUCAACCGGUGUAUAUCCGAAUUGUGAGUGCAGCGAUGAGAAUGCAGUGUAUAAUAAUCUAAGAAAUAAAUGUGAAUUUUGUGUGGAAGGCAGUUCCGGUAGCACUCCAAACUGUGUUUGUGACAAUGGAGCAGAGUAUAACGUGUUUGGAAACUACUGUGAACAGUGUCCUUUUGGUACUGACGGAGUGUAUCCAAAAUGUGAAUGCACCGAUGGAGGAUCAUUUAAUGGUUAUUUUUGUUUACGUUGUCCAUGGAAUUCAAAGGGACCCUAUGGAAAUUGCACUUGUGAAGAAAAUCUAGUGUAUGAUAGGGAAAAGAACGCGUGCUAUGACUGCCCAUCUCACAGCACUGGCACGUACCCUUCAUGUACGUGCAACGAGUCAUAUCAAUAUGAUGCGGAGAACAACUUAUGUCGCCGAUGUCCAGAAGACUCAACGGGUAUAUACCCGAAUUGUGAGUGUUCCAGUGGAUUAUUUGGCAUUCGCUAUGGAGAAUGUGUGAAGUGUCCAUCGAAUUCAACUGGUAUUUACCCCGACUGUGAAUGUGAGCUCGAGAACUACAUAUUCAGCGCCUACAUAAAUCAAUGUUAUAUUGAGUGCGGUAGUGACAGUGUUGGAUUGCAUCCCCAUUGCUCAUGCAAUCAACCCGAAACCUUCUAUGAGCCGGAGGAAUUCGCAUGCAAAAGUAACGUUGGUCGCGAAUGUCCGAAGGGCGUUAGUAUCGGAACUGGACCAGAUUGCUUAUGUGUUCAGAAAAAUUAUGUAUUCAAUCGGUUUUUCUGGUCUUGUUUUUAUGGAAAUGCUACGUUUGCAUAUCCUUCCAGUGCAAGUUGUCCAGGUGGCCAGACAUGGCCACAAUGCCCUGUUGAAAUUGAUCGCAAUACACUGCUCAGUUUGGUUGGUUGAAAUCCAUUUCUCAAACUAUUAAACUUAUGCCCCAGAUAUUUUCAGGUAUGCUUGAUUAGCCAUUAGUUGAUUUGGAAAGAGAGAAUUUAUUCAGGAAGGGAUUCCAAAUACAAACUUUUUCAAAAAAUAAAAAUUAUAGACUUUUCUGGGUUAAUACUAAAUUAACAGUAGAAUAA